CCAAUGUAGGAUUAUUGGCAGCAGUUUAGAAAGACAUCUUAAUGUUUACAUUUCGAAAGAAGACACACACGCUGAGAAAUACCAUAAAGCUUCCUUGAAUAUGAGGUCUCGCUCAGAGGUUCUAUUUUUCUUGCCCUAAUGGACCCCAGGAUAUCGACUUUUAAAGAAGUGGACGUACGAUAUCAUUAGACAUUCAUAUGAGCUUCACAAUUGAAGCCAACACACAUCACUACCUGAAGGAAAUGUAAUACUGUUUGGAGUGAACAGAAGAUGUUCGGUGCCAUGCAAACGUCCAAGUCGCAGUUCCUGGACAAGGCGCGACUGGCACGUGAGGAGAGGAAGGGCGUCAAGGAGAGAGAGCGGGCAGCCACGCAGAUCCAGGCUCUGGUCCGCCGCUUCCUCUGUCGCUGUAGACUGCACAGGGACAUCAGGAAAGAGGUCGACGACUUCUUCAUAGCGAGUGAGGCGGGACCUAUAAAGAGAAAUGCAUUGUCCAUCUUGAAAAUCGCAAGGAAAUUACUGUUCAUAUUGGGAAAAGAUGAUAAAGUGAGGUUUGAGAAGCUGUGUCGAACUAUUCUGAGUAGCAUGGAAGUUGAAAAUGAGCCCAAAGUGUGGUAUGUUUCUUUGGCUCUUUCUAAAGACCUCACCAUUGCCUGGAUCAAACAGAUCAAAGAUGUGCUGUGGAUCUCCUGUGAGUUCCUCAAAACCUUGAAGCCAGACAUUCUGCAAGACAACAAGCUAGUGACACUCUAUCUGACCAUGCUAGUCACCUUCACCGACACGACGACGUGGAAAAUAGUGCGAGGGAAAGGAGAGGCAAUGAAACCUGCAUUGAACAGGAUGUGUGAGAACAUCAUGGGUCACCUCAACCAGAAGGGCUUCUACUCUGUCCUACAGAUUCUGUUAACCAAUGGGCUGGUGCGGUCAAGGCCCUCCCUCUCCAAAGGCACACUCACAGCCAUUUUCACUCUGUCACUCAGACCUGUCAUAGCAGCUCAUUUCUCCGAUAACCUGCUGAGGUCUUUCCUUAUCCACAUCAUGUCUGUCCCUGCUGUCGUUUCCCAUCUCAACACACUUACUCCUGAAUGUAUGGUUACUAUCCAGAGUCAUGACCUCAUGAGGAAGUUUAUCUUGUUCCUGAGUAGAGAAGAACAGUGCUUGGACAUCUGUGUGUGUCUAGAGGGAAGCCAUACUCUCUGCUUACUGGGUAACCUGAUUCAGUUGGGCUACCUGAAUGUGAAGGUGCUGGAGCUGGAGGCGUGUCACUUUGUGAAGGACCUGACGGACAUGCUGUCCUACUGCCAGAGAUACGUCUCACAGAAGAAGUCCAAUCUCACCCACUGGCACCCGGUGCUGGGCUGGUUCUCCCAGACCGUCGACUAUGGGCUAAAUGAGUCCAUGCCAUUGGUGACGAGGCAGCUGCAGUGUCUGUGGGGCGUACCCGUGAUCUGCACACUCUUCUGUGACGUCCUCAGCAAAAAACUAGAAAUCCAAGAGCCCACCCCUCCACCUCCCCAGCCAACCACACUGCAGAACAACCUGCCAGUCAAAAACCUGUUCAAGCGCGCCUUCCAGAAGUCAGCGUCAGUGCGGAACAUCCUGAAGCCGAUCGGAGGGAGGAGGGUGGACUCGGCUGAGGUGCAAAAGAUCUGCAGCGUGUGUGUGCUGUACCAGACGGCCCUCACCACGCUCACACAGAUCCGCCUGCAAAUCCUCACAGGUCUGACGUAUUUGGACGACCUACUGCCGAAGCUGUGGGCGUUUAUCUGUGAACUGGGUCCUCAGGGGGGACUCAAACUCUUCCUGGAGUGUCUGAACAAUGACACAGACGAGUCCAAAUGCCUACUGGCCAUGCUCAUGCUCUUCUGUGACUGCUCCAGACACCUCAUCACGAUCCUGGACGAUAUUGAGGUUUAUGAGGAGCAGAUUUCCUUUAAGAUGGAGGAGCUCAUCACCAUCUCCUCCUUCCUGAACACAUUUGUGUAUAAAAUGAUCUGGGAUGGCAUUCUGGAGAAUGCAAAGGGGGAGAGGCUGGACCUCUUCUACAGUGUCCAUGGCUGGCUCAUGGUGCUGUAUGAGAGAGACUGUCGCAGGAGGUUCAGCCCAGACGAACACUGGCUCCGCAAGGACCUGAAGCCGAGUCUGUUGUUCCAAGAGUUGGAGAAAGGGAAGAAGAGAGCCCAGCUGUUGCUACAGUACAUCCCCCACGUCAUCCCACACAAGAACAGGGUUCUACUCUUCCGGAAUAUUGUCACGAAAGAAAAGGAGACACUGGGAUUGGUGGAAACAAGCUCCGCCUCACCCCACGUCACUCACAUAACCAUCCGCCGCUCCCGCAUGCUGGAGGAUGGUUAUGACCAACUACGCAGGCUGCCGGUGAACUCCAUGAAGGGGGUGAUCCGGGUGAAGUUUGUAAACGACCUGGGGGUGGACGAGGCAGGGAUCGAUCAAGACGGGGUGUUUAAGGAGUUUCUGGAGGAGAUCAUUAAGAAGGUCUUCAACCCAGCACUCAACCUGUUCAAGACGACGAGUGGCACGGAGCGACUGUACCCGUCGCCCACGUCCAGCAUCCACGAGAAUCACCUGCAGCUGUUCGAGUUUGUGGGGAAGAUGCUGGGCAAGGCUCUGUAUGAGGGCAUCGUGGUGGACGUGCCCUUCGCCCCCUUCUUCCUGGGCCAGGUGUUGGGACACCACCACAGCACCUUCAGCUUCAUCGACGAGCUGCCCUCACUCGACGCAGAGUUCUACAAGAACCUCACCUCCAUAAAGCGCUAUGAUGGUGAUGUCAGUGACUUGGGGCUGACUCUUUCAUAUGAUGAGGACGUCAUGGGACAGUUAGUGUGUCAUGAGCUGAUUCCAGGGGGGAAGACCAUGGCCGUCACUAAUGAGAACAAGAUCAGCUACAUCCACCUGAUGGCGCACUUUCGGAUGCACACACAGAUCAAGGAGCAGACGGCAGCGUUCAUCCGCGGUUUCCGCAGCAUCAUCAGCCAAGAUUGGCUGCACAUGUUCUCCACGCCUGAGGUUCAGAGGCUCAUCUCCGGGGACAACGCAGAGAUCGACCUCGAUGACCUCAAGAAACACACGGUGUACUACGGAGGCUUCCAUAGCAGUCACAGGGUGAUCAUCUGGUUGUGGGACAUCCUCUCCAGCGAUUUCACUCCAGAGGAGAGAGCUAUGUUCCUCAAGUUUGUCACCAGCUGUUCCAGACCCCCCCUCCUGGGCUUUGCCUACCUCAAACCCCCCUUCUCCAUCCGCUGUGUGGAGGUUUCCGACGACCAGGACACGGGUGACACUCUGGGCAGCGUACUCCGGGGCUUCUUCACCAUCCGUAAGAAGGAGCCAGGUGGGCGUCUGCCCACGUCCUCCACCUGCUUCAACCUGCUCAAACUGCCCAACUACAGCAAGAAGAGCAUCCUCCGAGACAAGCUCCGCUACGCCAUCAGCAUGAACACAGGCUUUGAGCUCUCCUAACGCGCAUGUGUGCACACACGCAUGUGCAUACACUACCACAGAUGAAUUACCCAGUGUGUAUG